UUUGCCUGUUUGGCUAAGUUAACUUUCGUUUUCCCUUGCGCCACACCUCGCAGUUAAUAGGCUGUCACUUGUCCGGACUGGACUCUGACCAGUAGCCUAAUGGCGCGGCGUACGAUGGCUGUUCUUCCUCAGUGGUCUUCUCGUAUUUUUUCAGUGGAGCAGGAGGGAGCACCUCUCUACUUUGCAAUUCAAGAAAAGCACCGGGGAGCUGAAGUGCCACAAGUGUUCAGAAAAGUACUACAGCAUGACAAGUGUUACUCUCUCCUUGUGUGCAGCAGCGACAGAGUCCGAAAAGCCAAGUUUUACUGGGAGCUGAAAGACAAAUUGUUGAAAGAUUUGCCUCCGGAGUGUGAUUUGUCUCCCAUGUCAUCAUUUCUGCCAAACGUCAAGGAUUCACUCAUCAAGGGGUAUUUUUUAAAAGAUUCAUGUGAGAGUUCCUCAUCUACAGAGCGACUUCUGCGACGUUUAACGCAGCAUGACCCAGUGUUGGUGUGUUCAUACUUAAGAGGUGAAGAUGGUCGACUGUGGACUCAGCAUCUCUGGUCUGACGCAGAGUGCCCAACGAUGGAAACGUCCAAGAAUUACUAUGUGGUACCGUCAGAAGCGCCAGAAUAUCACCCAUCUACUCUCAACAUCAUCAACUCUGAUGUUUUCUACAGUUUCCAGGAGGCCUAUGAAGUUUUAAAGAAGUGUGGUGACAUCAUCCCAGAGGCAACGUCUGUAUUGGAGCUGCUGCCCAGCAGAGUGGAGGCCAGACGUAAACCAGACUUCCCUGUUAUUGUCAUAGAAGGCCUGGAUGCCACAGGUAAGACCACUCUGACGGAGUCUCUGAGGGAUACUCUUGGGGCCGCUCUUCUGCGGUCCCCUCCCCAGUGCCUCUCCCCCUGGAGGGCCCACUUUGAUCAGGAGCCACCCCUCAUCCGCAGGGCCUUCUACGCUCUGGGGAACUACAUCACAGCAGAACAAAUAGGCCAGGAGGGCAUGAAGACACCUGUCAUCGUUGACAGAUUCUGGCACAGCACAGCAGCGUAUGCCAUUGCCACAGCAGUGAGCGGUCCAGUGUGUAACCUUCCAGCAGAGGGUUCGGAAAUGUACCGUUGGCCCAGUGACCUGCUCCAGCCCAGCCUGGUGGUCAUACUUACCCUGGAUCCUGAGGAGAGGAAGAGGAGGCUGAGGGACAGAGGUCAAGAAAAGACUGUAGAGGAGCAUAAGCUGGAUCACAACCAACUUUUCAGACUCAGGGUGGAGGAGGCUUACCGGAGGAUCAGUGGCCCAGCUUGCGUCACUGUGGAUGCUAGUCCUCCUGCAGACCAAGUGCUCCAACAAGUGCUGCUUUUAAUUAGGGGCAAAUGCCACUUGUAAACAGUUCUCCAUCUCCCCUGCUGGCAGCCAAGCAUCAAGUGGACGCAGUACCUCUUUUCACCACUGGGUGCCAGUAAGGUGAUGUGAAUGUGAUAAUAGGAGGGCUGGUGGCCAGAUUGGAGUGUGGAGAGGAGAUCCUACUCAGAAUGAGUAAAGGUUUAAUGGCCAGGGGCCAGAACCGCAUGCUACAAUCAGUAAUACAUAUUCAUGUAGACACACAUACAUGUGCAGAUUCUGAGACACACACACACACACACACACACACACAUACACACACACAACAAUUGUGCAGAAGAAGUGUGCAUUUAACUGCUGUGAGCUCUUAGAAAUCAGAUACAGUGUAGCUGCACUUAUUGACAGCUACUUGUAUUUGGACUAACAAAGACGAAAUGAGUAGACAUUUAAAACAUUUAUACAGUAUAAGCACUUCAGAAUCAAAUUUACAUUCAGAUAACAGUUAGGUUGUUUAAAAUUAAAACUAAAUGACAGUAAAUGUGUGGUUGCGAUCUCUCCUUAACUCCUUAUGUCUUACAUAAGCCUAUAUGAAGUUGGUUAUUCAUAUGUACCAGUAUAUCUGUUGCUUGUGUAAGUUUGUAUGAACUUUCUGUGAACACAUUUUUUUUGCAUUUUACCAAUAAACAGUCCUUUUUGCAGUGCACUGUA